CCUAAAACCCCAACAAAGCCCUUUUCACUCUUCUCAUUUCCCUUUUACAAUUAUGGCCACUUUCGCCGCCAGGUCCUUCCUCCGCUCCGCCGCCACCUCCGGCCGAUCAGCAGCAACCACCAGAAUUGCCUCCGGCGCCAAGCCAAAGACCUCUCCAUUCCGCAUACCAACUCAAAAACCAGUCACCGCUCGCAUUUUCAGGUCGCCGGUAGAAAUGAGUUGUGUUAGAGUGGAAUCGAUGUUUCCAUUUCAUACUGCAACUGCCUCAGCAUUACUCACUUCAAUGUUAUCUGCUACUCCUCGGAGCUAUGGUUGGACUCUUGAAGAUUGCAAUGAUGAUGCAUGAUGAAUGUCAGAGAGUACAAGCAAAGUGAAAUAUCCAUGCGGUGUAAGAACAUGAGAAGUAGAUAGUGAAUGAGAACAUGGAUGUUUUUCCUUUUUCUGAACUUUUGAUUCUUUGUAGUUUAUUACCAAUGGCGAAUCUCUUUUCAAGGAUAAAUUUGAAUGUCUUGAAAGCAUUUUUAUACUAGUGCUUAAUCUAUUGUCUUUGUAUGGUGUAAAAAAAAUCAAGUUAUUUAGUAAUCUACUAGACAGUUACUUGGGACUAUGUUGUUCUUGAAAGUAUUUAAUGUCUUCUUGUAUUGUUUUGUUUGCUAAUGCCAAGUUGCUACUGAAAAUUUUUGAGACUGUAUACCCUAACAGUGUGUCAUGGGAGCCUAUGGACAAUUAGAAGCAUUCAUGUUUUGAAAUAUCAUAGAUUUGUCUUAAACUAGCCUCAAGAAUGAAACAUGAUGAAGAGUAAUUUAACAAAAGAAUGAAACAUGAUGAAAAAUAUAUGUUUCCUAGGCUAAAUCUUUGAUAUUUUAAGUACGAUCUUAGGUUUUGCAAGUUACAGGUUAAAAAAUCGGAUUUCUACAUUAUACUACUAGGAGCA